CCAAGUGCGCACCUGCGACGUGAUAUGCCUCCUUUCUCGGUCCCCAACUGUUUCUUCGUGAUCUUCAGCGGGGCCGUAAUUCUCACAAUCCUCGUAAUUCGACGCAACCCGUCUUGAUUCCGUGACGUACUUAAACUUCGGAAAAGUUUCGGGGAAACCUUUGGAAUUUUAAGAACUUUCUGGAUAGCCUGUGCUUGAGAAGCGAUAGAUCUUUAUUGGUCACAAGAGAUUUCAAAAUUACAGAAGAAAACUGAAGAAACAUAUGGAUUUGAAACGUUAAUAGUUACAAAAAUGAUGGAAGAAAAAAUAUUAAUUUUCCAUCAGAAUUGCUACAGUUGAUUUCGUAAAUCAUCUAUAUAGUCAAAAGGUACCGUCAAUUAGUGUAUUGAUCAAUGAUUCUCUGAUUUAAUGUGACAACUCGAAAACGGUUAGCGUAUAUUUAUUGGUGUACGCGCGAGUGAAAGAUGAUCUUGCACGAGGAAAAAGAUAACAAGAGUGUUAAUUAUGAUUGAUAAAGUAUGUUAUACGGUUCGACAGACGAAAAUUUCUGGAAGUAUGAGUAACAACGUGCUCGCGAGCGCGUCGUUCUCGAGAAGAAACUGGCACGGUGCACCUGAAUGGAUAAAAGAUGACGGUCUCUUAUCAGUACCAGGUCGCCAGUUCCACCAGCGGUGGAUUCACCAGGCUCCUGCUUAUGUGGCGCGGUUCCCUGUACAAGCUCAUCUACAGGGAACUGCUGCUUUUUUUACUUAUCUUCGGUAUCUUGUCCGCGCUCUAUCGCCAUGCCUUCACUGCCACGCAAAGAAGGGACUUCGAACAAGUUGUCAUCUAUUGCGACGCCUUGAUCAAAUUGAUUCCGUUGAGUUUCGUGCUUGGAUUUUAUGUAUCCUAUGUGGCGCAGAGAUGGUGGAAACAAUACACAGCAAUACCCUGGCCUGACAAGGUGAUGCAUCUCGUGGCACUCUACGUCACCGGAAACGACGAUUAUAGUCGUAUGUUGCGCAGAGCCCUGAUGCGUUAUCUAAACCUCUCGCUGAUACUUGUAUUGCGUUCCAUAAGCUCAGCGGUGAAGAGACGAUUUCCCACUCUCGAUCACGUCGUUGAUUCCGGCUUCAUGACCACGCUCGAGCUCCAAUUGUAUCAGUCGGUGCCGAGUGUCGAGUUUAACACCUAUUGGAUACCCUGUACAUGGUUCAUUAAUCUCCUCAAGGAGGCACGCAAGACCCACCGAAUAUCCGAUGCGCAAGGUUUAAAGCUAAUAAUGGAGGAAUUCAAUGAAUUUCGGACCAAGUGCGGUUUCUUGUGGAGCUACGACUGGGUGUCGAUUCCUUUAGUGUACACUCAAGUGGUGACACUCGCCACUUACAGUUUCUUCGCAGUCGCCGUAAUCGGUCGACAAUACAUCGAGGGUGUCGAGAAACAAUUCCAACUGAAAAUAGAUAAAUACGUGCCCAUUUUCACAAUUUUGCAGUUCUUCUUCUUUAUGGGAUUGUUGAAAGUAGCUGAACAGCUGAUAAAUCCUUUCGGUGAUGAUGAUGAAGAUUUCGAGCUGAACUGGCUGAUUGAUCGUCAUACCAAGGUGUCAUAUCUUGGAGUAGACACGCUAAUGAAUCGCUGUCCACCGCUUGUCAAGGAUAUUUACUACGACUCUGAAGAUAUGAACUUGCCAUAUACGGAAGCAGCUGCGGCAUACAAGAAGAAGACUUAUCGCGGUAGCGUGGAUAACAUGAUGGUACCCGAAGAGAAACAGAUGAUGUUCUUGCCCGGAAUUUUGGAAGAGGAGGAGGAAUGCAUGACAAUUUUGACACCUCGUACUUCCACUGCCAGUUUAACGAACCCGAAUGAUAAUCCAAUGAACGAAAUGCGCCAGAUCAGCGGGUCCCCUUCAACACCUGCGAAGAUGGCUCGCAAUUGUUCCGAAACGAUUAUGCAGCUGGAUGGUCAAGAGCAACCACCGGUCGAAACGGAGCAGCGACGAAUAAUAGUCGAGGCCGUUCGGAAGUUCUCUUCCUUAACAAAGAGCUCAGCAUCUCGCGCCGUAAAACCCUUCUUUCCGGUUCUAACGAAAACUCCUAAACCAGCGUUGCGUCCUUGGCCGAGCGUUACGAAUAUCCAACGCCCUGCUCAGAUAUCAUCGAUUCCGACGCCUGCAAUUCCCACGACUGUUGUUGAAAUCGAAGAUCCCUGGGCGAAGAAUUCAUUCAAGAGUCUGCAUCGUCGACCUUCCAUAGAUUCCGAAGGACGACCUAGCGUUUCAUCGCAGAGCGAGAAGAACCAGGAAGAUGUCAUAAAUUCAGCAUUUGCGGAAGAGAGAAUGAAUAACGCAUCGAACAUUUGUGACUGCGAUGACGCUGAGGAAGAUGAUGAUGAUACGUGGUAUGGAUCUUCACAUCGAUCUCGAUGCACACGAGUCUCCUGUCAGCAAUCGUUUACUUCAGAAACGGUCGAUAUGUCUAUGAUUAGUGACGAACCAAUUAGUCUUUCGAGCAUCAAGAAUUCUUCGAAAUACUUGAUAACGAGACGAGACCGGUCGAUCAGCGAUUCCAGGAAGAAGAAGAGUAUCCUCCGGUCAAGAUUGUCUGGCAAACUGUCGAACCGCAGAAGAACCACCGAUAGUAUACCCACAAUGAGCACAAUCUUGAGUCAGACCUGGAGCUCGCCGAACCUGAGUAACUUGGAGGAGCAGACAAAGACUGCACAAAAUGUCAAAGUUGGUUCUUCUUCUUGUAAGCAGGAGGAAAAUCAGGAAGAUUCUAAAUUAUAAAUAAUGUAAUAUUUCGGAGGCGAUGCUUUUUUAAUAUUUAA